AUGGAUGCUUUAAAUCAAACAAGAGUGACUGAAUUUGUUUUCUUAGGACUCACAGAUAACUGGAUGCUUGAGCUAACAUUUUUAAUGACCUUCUCAGUUACAUAUUCACUAACUCUUCUGGGGAACAUUGUUAUUAUGGUUACCAUAGUUUUUACUCCACGUCUUCAUACUCCCAUGUAUUUCUUCCUAAGCAACCUGUCUUUUAUUGACAUCUGUCAUUCAUCUGUCACUGUACCGAAGAUGCUGGAAGGUUUUCUUCUGGAGAGAAAGACUAUAUCUUUUGACAACUGCAUUGCACAGCUUUUCUUUCUGCAUUUGUUUGCCUGUGCUGAGAUCUUUCUGCUGACAAUUAUGGCCUAUGAUCGUUAUGUAGCCAUCUGCACUCCUUUACAUUACUCCACUGUGAUGAACAUGACAGUCUGUAUACAACUGGUCUUUGCACUCUGGCUGGGAGGUACUAUUCAUUCACUGGUGCAGACCUUCUUGACCAUUCGCUUGCCUUACUGUGGACCCAACAUUAUUGAUAGCUAUUUCUGUGACGUGCCUUCAGUCAUUAAGCUGGCCUGUACAGAUACAUACCUCACGGGAAUGCUGAUUGUAUCCAAUAGUGGAACCAUCUCCCUUGUCUGUUUCCUGGCUUUGGUCACAUCCUAUACGGUUAUUCUGGUUUCUCUGAGAAAGCAAUCAGCUGAAGGACGCCGCAAAGCCUUAUCUACCUGUUCUUCCCACUUCAUGGUGGUUGCACUCUUCUUUGGACCAUGUAUCUUCAUCUAUACUCGGCCAGAUACCAGCUACUCCAUUGACAAAGUGGUCUCUGUCUUCUAUACAGUGGUCACCCCUCUGCUGAAUCCCCUCAUUUACACUUUGAGGAAUGAAGAAGUAAAAAGUGCCAUGAAACAUCUCAGACAGAGACAAAUAUAUUUCAUGAAAUCAUGA